AUGGUUGACGAAUUUGUGGAAAACUUCAAUAAUAUGGAUACCUCCAAUUAUAUUAGGAAUGUUAUUCAUAAUAAAUCGUGGAAGGAAAAUGAGGUUGAACUAUUAAAAAUGACAGAAUGGAUACUUGAAGAGAUAUAUGGCGUAAUCUGUAAUUUGGUACAAGUAUGGCCUGUAGUAUGCAAAGUGGGGGAACCUAUAUUACAGAUGCAAUCAUGCCGUUACUUCAUGCCAGUUUGGGGGACCUACCAAAUGGAUAUAUCUGUUUAA